AUGAUAGUAAGAAAAGUUGUUACUAGUCUAAUAAUAAUUGGGUUAGCUGCUGAAGUCUGGUCACAUGUUGAUAUGGAAACCGAAGAUUUCUACUUUCCAUUAGAACCGAUAAUAAACUACUGCUUGUUUGCGGAUCAGUGCCUGCAUGAUUACAUAACAAUCUGUGGUCAGGACAAUCUGGGUAUAACCAGAAUGUUUGUUGAUCUCUGUGACCUCAACGAGUAUAAUUGUGAUGAGAAAAAACAAUAUCGGCACGUUACGAUGAAUACAUGUAAAUACGAAUUGGGCGCCGCGCCAUAA